ACAGUCCAGAACCAGUUCUUCAGCUCACGAAAUGAACUCAACAGUCUGGAUUGUGGAUAGCUAUGAAGAAGCUCUUGCCAAAAACAUUGUGAUUGUUUGUCUUGGUUUCAUCAUUAAUUUCAUCAACGGAAUGUUAGUAGUGACUUUUUUUUCUAAUACAAUGUUUUCAAGAGACUCCAGAUACAUUUUAUACAUUCACCUGGUAAUCAAUGACAUGCUCAUGAUAUUUGUAUCAGUGUCUAUAUAUGUGUUGACCUAUGCUUCACCACUUGUUAAUUUUUCAAUGUGUUGUAUAUUGGUGGUUGUUGGUUCAAUCACCUUUAUGAUCACUCCUUUGAAUCUGGCUGGUAUGGCCAUAGAACGGUUCUUUGCGAUCUGUAAACCACUGCAUCACUCUCAGAUUUGCACUCCACAAAGGACCUACAUCUUUAUAUGUUUGCUAUGGAUUUUAGGAGCUAUGCCUUCUCUAGUAGAUAUCAUUAUUUUACUUUUAACCCAGCCCAUAUCUUUCUUCAGAUCAUUUGUACCUUGCUACCUAAUAUAUGUGUUCCCAUCCAAAGCCCACCAGGAACACACCACUGCUUCACAAGUCAUCUAUAUGUCUUUGGUGUGGAUAAUUCUCAUUUAUACUUAUUGCAGAGUCCUGUUCACUGCCAGAAAGGCAGUUUCAAAGGGUUCAGCUAAUAAGGCUCAGAGUACUAUACUGUUGCACGGUGUCCAGUUACUUCUUUGUAUGCUUUCCUAUGUCACCCCUUUUAUGUACUUAAUUAUUACAAAUUUUUUCCCUCAACACAGAACUAAGGUCACUUUCUGUGUUUUUCUGCUCACAAAUAUUAUGCCUAGAUUACUGAGUCCUUUGAUUUAUGGGGUCAGAGACCAGAAGUUUAUGAAACAAAUGAAGAAAUACUUUACCUGUAAAGUUAUUAUUGUAAAGAUUGUGCCAUCAAAAUUAUGAUAUUUAUUUAGCUACAUUUUAAUUAAAAAACAAAACGUAUAUUUAUUUACAUUUCUGUUUAAUUAUGACAUUUGUUUUAUUUGAGAUUUGAUCAUCUUUUCAGUGGCCUAAAAUGUUUAGACACUUAAAUGUGAAAGUGUAUGAAAGUGAUUGAAUAAGAUAUCAAAAAUGUCAAACAUGUUGCAUACAAACAAAUGAUGAAUUGAUUUUGCUCAGAACUAAUGACUUUGCUCAUUGUCUUUUAAUCAGCUGGUGUUUUGGUGAUUGUAUGAAAUCAGUUCUCUUGAAGUUCACACAGUAGUUAAUCACUUUAACUUGGGAAAUUAUCCAUUAAGAAAUCACAACUAGGCCUACACGUUUUGUCUUUAUUUUGAACAAUAUCUAUUGUUUUAUAAAUGAAAAUGUCUUCAUAGCUAAACUACAGUUUUAAAAUGAAAAAUUGGGGGAAAUUGUUCAUUAUUUUGUUGGUUAAAUAUUUUUUUUAUUUUUUUGGUUCUCUGUUGUUUUUGCAUGUGUUCAUAAUUUCUUUGUAUGACAGCCUGGCCAAAAAUGAUACCUACACAAUUUGACAUGUUUCAUUGUGUUAUCACAAAUAAAACAGUUGACU